CAUCGCUGGCAUCUGCGCCUCUUCACGUGACCCGAGAUGGACGCCUGCAUGUCCGCCCCCAAACCGUGAGGGGACCACAUUGAACAGCAGCCUUCCCCACUUUCUCAUGUCGAAGACUAGACAUCACGGCGAUGCAAGCUCCCUUUCCUAAUCCGAAAACCAACUAUGCCUUCAGACACAAUAUACGGGACUUUCGAACCCGGACCACCGCUGGGAGUUGUAGUCAUCGAGCGAACCCGCCGUCAACGUAGAAGAAGCUGCAAAACAAUCCUCCUAUGGCUUUUCUUCAAGAUUCUCAUCGUGUUUGCGAUAAUAAGCACUUUCUUGUGGUACUUUGCUGCGUUUGCAGCAGAGCUUAUUUGCUAUACGAAUAGCUUUAGUCCUCCUUUCCCGCUGCCACCAGCCCGCGACGACUUCAAGAACCAAUCGUUCGCUGUUGGGUUCGACUUGACGGCUGGUUAUGCGUAAGAUCAUCCUCGAGCAAGAUCACGUUAGCGAAGUGCCGGAUUUAGUAAGAGGCUGAUAGCACCGCUGCGAUUCUCUUCAAUACCGGCACAACAGUAGACGUAGCCC